CCGCCCCCCGCAUGCCCGGCGCCCGGGUCGCGGCCCACCUGGACGCGCUGGGCCCCCUGGUCCCCUCCGCGCCGCCGCCCUCUAUGUUCUACGUGGGGCUGUUCUUCGUCAACGUGCUCAUCCUCUACUACGCCUUCCUCAUGGAGUACAUCGUCCUCAACGUGGGCCUCGUCUUCCUGCCCGAGGACAUGGACCAGGCGCUCGUGGACCUCGGCGUGCUCUCGGACCCCGGCUCGGGCCUCUACGAGACCGACUCGGAGCUGGACGUCCUCGACGGCUACCUGGAGUAGCCCCGGCCGCCGCCGCGGGGGGGGCGCCGCCGCGCCCGGAAUGGGACCCCCCAGGCGAAGCCCUCUCCGGCCCCCCGCCCCCAGGCCUGCCUGCUCUCCUCAAAAGCUUCGUGCCAACAGAGGGGCUCCUGUCCGGAGCUGGGGACAGAGACGCAGAGACUGAGCUUUCGCCGGGGUGGCCAGACCCUCUCCGGGCCGCCCCGAGACCGCCCCCGCCGCCCGCAGGGAUGUUUACAGGCCGCCCGGCUCCUCGCCCCCCUGCACUCGCCCCGGAGAGGACUUGCCGAGCUCGGGGCCGCCUCCCCCCACGCCAAGCCCCUCCCCGCCAUGCCUGACGCCAGGGCCAGCCUGAGCUAGUGCCCCCCCCCCCGCCUGCCCCGCCAGCCUCGAGACCCAGGGGGCCGCUGAGAAGGAGGGUGGGCGUCUGGGGGGUGGGCCCAGCCAGCCCCCUUCACUUCAGACCUCGUGUCGCCUCUGGUCCUCCUCCCCGGCCGCCGCCCCUCUGCCCGGGAGGGUCGGGAGACCAGGGGCGCAGAUACUUGACUCUGUAAAGCAAUACUGAGGGGCGCCUCUCCCAUUAAAGAGCAUAUGCAACACC